AUGGCAUCAGUGGCUUACUAUGAGCUGUAUCGUGGCAGCAGCCUCGGUCUGUCCCUUACUGAUACUCUCGAUGAUUUGAUCAACGAAGGCCGUAUCGAGCCUCAGCUGGCGAUGAAGAUUCUGGGAACCUUUGACAAGAUUGUCACUGAAGUCUUGGCGGACAAAGUCCGGGCCAGACUGACCUUCAAGGGCCAUCUCGAUACCUACCGGUUCUGCGACGAAGUCUGGACAUUCCUGAUCAAGGAUGUCUCAUUCAAGCUGGAUAAUCAGACGACUGUGACCGCGGACAAGGUGAAGAUCUCCGGAUCGCGACCUCACCCCCAGAUACCGGCCAGUCUCUCCCAGCAAGCGCGAUUUCUUCAGGUCCUCUCAAAGUCCGCCCACAUCCCCCCUCAGAAGCUGUCCUCCCGAGGAGCAUGCUACAGAUUUUUGAUCGAAGGCAUUAAGCACGAUGACGGUUGGGUUAUGGUGGAAGACGAGUUUUACGCCGUCGCGCAGACAUUCACCCAGCAUCUACAUCAUGCGGAGUACCUACGAUUGAGGAAAGAAGUAAAGGCUGCAAAUGCAGCCGGCUUGCAAGAAAUCGAAAGGCCUACAGAUGGCCGCACACCACUACCGAAGGAAGUUGAACGGAAAAGAGAAGCUGAGGCGCUAAAGGAGCGACAGAAAGCCGGGCUCGCGCAGAUAGGAGACGGAGGAGCCGACGAGAAAGAUGAGGAUGAGGAUGAUCAGAGAUGGGCUGGAACACAUCUCCAUGAUCUCAUGACAAGUCCACGGAGAAUACGAUCCUUGGCCGGUAUUCACUUGCCCAAGUCCACUACUAGAGCUGCUGCUGGAUUUGGACAGGCGUCUACUUUAGGCACUAGACGAGCCCGGGUGAACAGUAUUGGGAGCAUCACCGCCGAACCAAGGGAAGCAGAGAUCCAAAGCAUUGAUCUGGAUGAGGAGACGGCCUCGGGCUCGGAUGAUGAUAUCGAUCUUGAAUCUUUGCCUGUCGUGGUGCAACCGCCCAGGAGAAUAAAAGUUACACCCCAAAACGAUCAGGUCGAUGAUCAAACAACUCCCCGAGCUCCGCAGCGAUCGAAAAUACAAAGCACGUCUAUAUCAAAGCGAACACCAAGACCGACACAUGGGCGACCUAUUGCAGCGAACGCAUUUAAGUCCAGAGUCCAAUCGCUUUUUGAUGACCUCGAUGAACUGCCAGAGUCAUCUCGGGUAAAUACUUCUAUCUCUACUAAUACGAGAGAAUCCUCAACAAAACAAUCGUCUGUAACGGGCGGUGGAAACAAUUUAGAUCCAAAAAAAUCCCGACACAACGAAGUGCCCACCUUCUUGGUGUGA